AUGUUACAAUUGCUAGGAGUACCUGGAACUUAUGCCAGGAGACUCGGGGCACAAGGCAUGUUUAAGGUUCAGUCAUAUCAGGGAAUCUGGUAUGAUGACACAGCCCUAAAUGGAAUUGCUCUUCACUGCUCUAGACCCAUUGGCUCCACCGGUAUUGUUGGGGGCUUCACAACUAUCAGAUCUGCUGUAGGAAGCUGGGGGUAUUGGUCAUCGCCUAUUUGGUGCCCCAGUGGAGUACUGAAAGCUUUCCAGCUGCGAGUAGAGGGUUUUCAGGGAUGGCUGGAUGAUACUACUGCUAACAACAUAAGGUUCAAAUGCUCCACGGGCUCUGUGUUGGAAGGCCGUGGUAUGACCUGGGGUACCUGGGGUUCCUGGAGCUCGCUUUGUGGUGGAACUGGGAUUUGCGGCAUCCAAACAAAAGUGGAAUCGCCUCAGGGCAUAUGGGAUGACACCACUCUUAAUAAUGUCAUCUUCAGUUGCUGCUACUAAGCAUGAACUGAGAGGACAAGAACAUGAAUGAAGACAACUACAUUUAACAAAUAAUCUAAAUCUCUUUAUUUGUCAUGAAAUCAUAUAUAUGAG